CUGGUACUUUACUGCACUUAUUUAGACUGGAAAAUCCAAGCUAAGCUCAUUUUUCAGGGUCAUUUUAUCCUUUUGGGUGAUUUUUGUUAAAGCGGGAACAUUUAUACAGCUUUUUUUUCUGUAAAUGGGGAGGUGUCGAUCAGUGAAGAUGGGUCGUGUUCUGAUUCUGAUGCUGUGCAUGUUCAUGUGGAUGCCACUCUAUGCUGCAUUACACAAAAAGGACCUGAAGGAAGCUACAGUCUAUUUAACGAAAUAUGGAUAUCUUCCUACAUCACUUCAUCAUCCCAAGGACCAGGAUGGCCAGGUGAAGCAAAUAUCUGAGGCUCUCAGGGUUUUUCAGAAGGUGAUGGAGUUGCCGGUGUCCGGCAGGCUGGAUAAUGCCACACUGGUCAUGAUGAAACAGCCCCGCUGUGGCCUGAAAGACCCCUUCAACAACAGGACCCUCAAAUACCGCGUUCUGGGUCACUGGAGGAAGAAGACUCUGAGCUACAGGAUCUAUAACCACGCCUCCAGUCUGGGCGUGGCUAAAACCCGAGCCGCCAUUCAGACAGCGUUCAGGUACUGGAGCGAGGUCUCGCCCCUCCGCUUCCACGAGCUCAACAAGGGACAUCCCGACAUCAAAAUCUCCUUCCACGGGCGGGACAGGGUCUGCCCCGUACCCUUCGAUGGACCAGGUGAGGUUCUGGCCCACGCUGACAGUCCAGAGUCUGGGUUAGUGCACUUUGAUGAAGAAGAGCUGUGGACGGAGGGGAAGAGCACGGGGUCUAAUCUACGAAUAGUAGCAGCCCACGAGAUUGGCCACGCCCUGGGUUUAGGCCACUCCCAGUAUCGCAGUGCUCUAAUGGGCCCAGUGUACACUGGGUACCGCAACAACUUCAGACUUCACCCUGAUGACGUGCGCGGUAUCCAGGCGCUGUACGGUAAGCCUGUGGAAAAGCCACCACCCGCCCCGGCAGUGCCGAAUAAGCCACCAGCCGACUCAGCUGCCCCGGAUCCCUGCACUGCCUCACUGGAUGCCAUAAUGCUGGGGCCUCUUCACAAGACGUUUGCGUUCAGUGGAGAUUAUGUUUGGACAAUAUCAGAUGCUGGCUAUAACACACCCAUACGGAUUAACGUCCUGUGGAAAGAUCUACCAGGACACAUAAACGCUGCGGUGCAUUCUCCCAGAACCAGCAAAUCCUACUUCCUUAAAGGUGAAAAGGUGUGGAGGUAUUCUGGGUUUAAGUUGGAUCACGGCUAUCCCAAAGUGCUCCUCAUCCCUCCUAACAUCGACUCCGCCUUUUACUCCAACGCCAACAAAAAACUCAUAUUCAUCAAGGGUUCAGAGUACUGGCAGUGGGAUGAACUGGGCUCCAGUAAUGAACUCAGGCAGUAUCCUAAAUCUCUGAAAGAGCUCGUUACGGGAUUACCAUCCAAUCCGGAUGCAGCGUUCACCUGGACUAACGGCCACACCUACCUGUUUAAAGGUGAUCAGUACUGGCGUAUUAACCCCCGAGGCUUCAUAGAGAAGGGAUACCCACUCAGCAAGCAAGAUCGCUGGAUGCAGUGCAGCGAUUAACCCCCUAUAUACUGUACAGCUCUGGAAAAAAAAGGAGAGCACUUAAAAAUGAGUUUCUUUGAUUUUACCAAAUUGAAAAAGAUGGAUGAUC